AUGGGCAAAACAAAAUAAGCGAAAUAAAAAAUAAAUACAUUAUCACAAAAAUAAAAAGAUUAAGAAAAUUUUUCAGAAAAAAUUUGUCAUUUUAUAGGUGAUCAUUUACAAGCUCCAUAAUUUUUAAAGGAUAAUAAAUAUAUUAAAUAAGGAUAUAGAAUAAAUUUCAAAUCAACAAGGGAAAUUCUAAAGAGCUUUUUUAUGAUCCAUAAUGAAUCAAUAAAUAUUUGGACGCAUUUUUUAGGCGUGAUAACUUUAAUUUUUUUAACCUUUUUUUUAUUAACUUAAUAUAAUCAUAGUAUAGACUUACAAUAAUGGAAAUAAAGAAUGAUUUAAAAUGUGAAUAAUCAAUUAGAGCCAAUAUACAAAUAAAUGAAAGAAAUGGAUGAAGCAUUUAAUGAAUAAAUGAACGAAAGAUUUUUUGAAAAGUAUAAAGAUGAAUUAAUUGGGAAAAUUGAAAACUUAAGAUAUGAGCUAAUUUAAUAAAUUGAUUCUCAUCAAUUUGAUUGGAUUGAUUUUUAUAUGGAUGAUUAUAUAAAUAAAAAUGAAUUUUUAAUUGAAAAAAGUAAUACACAUGUAGUUUCUAGAUGGCCGAUAUUCGUAUUUUUACUUUCAGCGAUUCUUUGUUUACUUUUUUCAACUCUUUUCCAUCUUUUUUAUUGUAAAAAUCCAAAGUAUUUUUAAUUUUUUUUAAGGUUGGAUUUUGCAGGGGUUAGCCUUUUAGUCAGCGGGAGUACAUUUCCUCCUUUUUAUUAUGGAUUUUAUUGUAAUUUCUAUUUAGCAUAUUUUUAUUUAAGUUUAGUUACAAUUGUUUCAGCAUUUGUUUUUUUAGUUUCUAUAUAAGAAUUUAUUAAUAAACCUGAAUAUUUUGCAUUUAGAUCGUUUAUUUAAGGCUUACUUGGAUUUUUUUCAUCUAUCCCAAUCGGACAUUUGAUAUAUUUGGAAGUUUUUAAAGAAAAUAAUAAUGAUACCUAUUCUACUGCUAAUAGCAUUGGGUAUUAUCUUGUUGUUUGUUUUUGUUAUUUGAUUGGCUUGAUUAUUUUUGCUUUGAGAUGUCCGGAAAGAUAUAAGCCUGGACAUUUUGAUAUUUGUGGUGCUAGUCAUUAAUUAUGGCAUGUGAUGGUUCUAAUAGGUAUAGGAUUAACUUAUGUUGCAUCGAUUAUUAAUUUCUAUACAAGAAAAAUAAAUAUCUGUAAAGAUGGGUUUUGA